UCUUUCCACCUUUAAUUUGGCCGAUUAGCCUGUCUCCUUCAGAUGGAGCCAGUGAACUACGAACGAGUGAGGGAAUAUAGUCAGAAAGUCCUGGACCAACAGCCUGAUAAUGCCAAGGCCUUGUAUCGGGCUGGAGUAGCCUUUUUCCAUCUGCAGGACUAUGACCAGGCUCGGCAAUACCUCCUGGCUGCUGUCAGUAGGCAGCCUAAAGGUGAGUGAGAAGGGCAUUGAAGUAGAGAGGACAAAUGAAAUUGUCCUGCUAUCAACAGACAGUGUUUAGGGGAUAGAUUAUGCUGGGCGCCAGUGGCUCAUGCCUGUAAUACUAGCUACACA